GUCAGUCGUUGUUGGUUCAACUCACAUGCCUUUCCUAUUCCAUUCCAUUCCUUUAACCUACACAUCACACAACAAAUAAAUUCCUGAAAAUAAAGAUAAUUUUCGAUACCUGAAAUAUCUACACGAAAUUCGUUUGAGCAUGGCCGGAGAAACAGAGCAGUUAACGUUCCUAAGUGAACUACAAAAUAUUGGAGGUGGCGAGUUCAAGUCGGGAUACUGCCUAAAUGAAACACCUAUUCUGCCGCCAGUGAUGAAUGACUGGAAGAGACUGGAAAUGAUGCGGCUGCGCUUGAGUGCCUUGACCAAGGAAGCGGUCCAGAAGAGAAACCAGAUUACAUGUCCAGAACGAAAGGAUGCAUCUACGAGUACAAACACGCAACCAGGACUGGGUCCUCUGGUCAUAAUGGGUCGCUUCCGGCAAAAGCUGGAGCAAUCGCAGACGAUGAUCUGUGAUCACACGGCCAACAUGGUCAUGCAGAUCUCUGCUCCGCCACUUAAGCCAAAUGCGAUUACUUCUCAACUGGUCAUGGAGGAUGCUUCUCUGGCUCCGCCGCAAAGAGCUGUUGUCAAGGUGACGCCCGUGAGAUUGGCCACAGCACAAAGUGGUUGGGUAACCAAGUUGGAUCCACCGAAGGCGGAGAACCCCAAGCCACAGGAGAAGGUGGUGGAAGCACUUCAUCGGUGCACCAGUAGUCCUAAUCUCUUAAAGCUUCAUCACCAAAUGUGGCGCAGAGAUCCCAUGCCACAGCUAACUUUGCCUAUAAGGAGUGAGCUGCAAAUUGGACAGCAUCUGGAGAAGAAGCCAACUAACAAGCCUACGACAAGCAGGAUUCCCAGUCGAAUCCCGAAGCUGAUUACCAGCCAAGUGACCAGCAAUGCCAAUGCCACCAAAACCCAGAGUGCCUACCAAGCCCGACGCAGCUAUGAUGCCAAAGUGGCUGCCAAGCGAACCAGCCAGGUGAGCAAAGCCCAGGCAUCCGCAGUCAAACAGAAAGCUCCACCUAAUACCAAACACUUGAGUGUGCCGAAAAGCAUCAGGACGCCGGUGCCGGAAUAUAAGAGACCAGGAUUUGUGCAGGAUGAACUGCAGCUUCAGAAGAACCUCUUCAAGUCGCUGAUGCUGCGCCAGGCGGAGGAGAGCAGGCGCAUCCAAGCCAAAAUGCAACAGCAGCACCAGGGUCUCAUUGCCAGCAUGAUGAGCGAUCUCAAUCACGCCGUGGAGAUCUCGAAUGACAUCCAGUCCAGGGCAUUGCACCUGGACUCCAGCCCCUCCUUCAAAUCCAGCAACUCCAGCGAUCCCAGCCAGAAUUAGUCCAACCGUACGCAGAUGCACUUUCAAAAUUGUUAAACGUUCAUCCGGGAACGGAGUAGGGCGAUAGUAGAGAGGAUCAGGAACAGACGGGGAAAACAUAUUACUCAAUCCUCCGCCAAGAAUUUUCAAUUCGUUGCCCUCUUUAAUGGAUAUUGAAAAUUCUUGAUUGGAGCAUUUGGAAUCGGAGCCGCAAUCGAAUUUUCAGUUCGCACAAGAACUGCAUUUUUUCGUUUGGGGGGCGACAAAUCUGUUUGUAUUAUAUUUCAUGUGGGUGUUCUCCUGCUUUUCAAUUUUAACACGGCGUUGCAAAAAACAAGAAAUGCUUGUAAUUAUUAUUUAUUUCAUAUAUCUGUAUGGUUUCUGUGUGUAACGCCAUGUAAGCUAUUUAAAUCGCUUGUUCCAGUUUGGCAUUGGCGAAUUUUCCGAAAGUGAGACAACUCGACUUGUGGCAUAAUCCGCGAGUCCACGGGAACCAAAAAUAUAUAGGCGUCUCUAAUUGCGCCCAACGUCUGCGGUUGAUGCCACACAAGUUGCACCGCAAUUUGUGCCACUCCCGGAGGUUUGGCCACCUGCCCGCUCGUCUCACAUUGAUGUCUCUAUAGGAAAGUGCCCCCCAACCAUUUCCCAUCCCCCAUUUCUCACUUUUUCGCACUUUUCCUGGGCGAAUUCGCUUGGCCCGUUGCACUUGGCGCGCCCAUAACUCGGCGUGUUAUUAAGUGUAAAAAUUAAAAUUUCAUAAAUUGUUAUGCUUUAUUUAGAGUGCGCCGAGCAGUUCCUCCGACUUCCCCUGCUUCUACCGAGUUUCCUGUUCCAUUGCAAUGGCAAUGUGUGUGGUUCUGUGUGAUUUGCGUGCUUCGGAAGCUGGCGAUAUUGAGACUUAAGUGGACAUAAUUAAAAGCACUUAAGAGUCGCCAUGCAAUUGCAGAUCCCACCGACUGGGAUAUAGAUGUGGUCUAUAGGAUGGCGAAAAUCGCAUUGGAUGACGGCCAAAUGCGCCCAGCAUUUGUCAGAUAGUGGAAAGAUCACAGACGGCGUCUAGAUUAGUGGCCAUAUUAAAGAGCUUUGCCUUGCCUUUCUCAGCCUUCAAAUCUCAAGCGAUUCAAUUAGAGAUAAUCGAAGUUUAGGUGGUACUAAUGAGUCUGAAAAGGAAAUUUGAACCCACCUCAUUAAAUUCGAUGAAAUGAAUAAGUAAUGAGGUACGACACAUGAUCCAACGCAUUAUCCAUAGGCAAAUGAAGUUGGAAAUAGUUGCCUAAUCUCCUGUUUUUUCACUUGGCUAAUCACACGAGUUGAGCAAAACUUGCACGAGCAGACAAAAAUGCCAUGGAAAUCAUUUCGCGCUUUCACUUGGCGGCUUGGGUUUAUUAAAUGAAGUGCACAUGAAACGGGCAUUUGGAUUUCAUGACUAGAAUAAACAUAAUCAAAGUAAUAACUCGAGCAGCUCUCUAUUCCCCCUCCCACUUCCCCUCUCGGAAAAGUCCUCGCCACCCCUGGAAAACAUGUGAAAUUAAUCUUGUUUAUGUUUGUGGAAGAGAAGAGAGGCAAGAAAGUUUUCUCUAAAAGUUUUCGGUUGCCUUUCUGCGCAAGUUUUCUUUUCAAAAGCGGCGGGGUGGGGGAAAAGCGAGGAAAAGUUUUCAGUUUCGAGUGAAAAUAAAUAAAAUCGAAUGAUUUCACUUUUGUUCAAGGCACGUAAAUAGUUUUGCCUGCCACAGAGAUAACCAUUCAAGUGCAAAUGCGAAAUUUAAUUAAAAUAUCUCGCAAUCGUUUCAAUCGUUAUGUUUCCUUCCAUGGUUGAAUCGCCAGUUGAAGGUGUUUGAAUUCCACUUAAUACUCUAUACAUUGAUGUUUCAGUUACAACAUCUAUCUAAGGGAUUUAUUUACCCCGUGUGGACUUGAGGUGUGCAAUAUAUCCAAUAGACAACCCCUGUCGGCAUAAUCUGCUUAUUCAGCAGCAUAAGUGAAAAGUUCUGUCAACAAAAUCGAAAUCAGGAAAAAUUUGUUUGCCAUUUAAAUUCGAUUUUGAUCCUAUUUAUCCAGUAAAUUGCAGCAAUUGAAACGAUUUGCGAGGGAGUCGCUGGCUGCUUGUUUGAUUUCCAAUUACCUUGCCGGGAUAUUCGGAGGCUGACUGAUGUGUGACGUUCUAAGGAUGUGAGGAUGUAAGGAUGUGAGAAUGUGGCGAUGUGAUGUGUGUGGUGCAAACACUUGUUAAAGCUGAUCCAUGGCUUUAAGCGAUGCCCAUGCUUUCCCUGGGGAUUUUCCACCACCCAACUCCGUGGCAAAGAUAUUGAAUUUCAAUUGCUGCAGCUGCAGGAAAUCACUUCCUGGCGACAAAGUAGACGAAAUGGAAAUCAGCCAGGAAAAAGGACGAGCGAACGCAAGUCAAAGAAGGAAUCCCCAAGUGCGGGUCAAAGAAAAUAAAACUUUAUGCAAAUGCGCCACUUUGGCCGUAAAAUGAAAUAGUCCCAGGCCAAAUUAUACCUUGAUGCCUGAUGAGCUUCGGUUCUGCCCGUCCUGCUUUUCCUGUCUGGAUCACGGCCAAUUGUCCUGGACGUGAAUUGAAACAAAAGGGACUUUGUUUCGAUUCCUGCCUCCGCCUGCCCGUAGUUUGGGAACCCGAGCAGGUGACUCCGACUUGGGAAACUUUUGCACUUUACAAUUCACAAUUUAGCUACCUACAUUCGGCAUCGCUUUAUAUUGCUGCUGUCCCCGGGGGAAACUUUUCCUGCGACAGUAAAACGGCCAACUUCAUUCCGGAAGUUUUUACGGACACGCUGGCCGCCGUCUGCUUUUUUGGCCACUCAUUAUUAAUAUUAUUAUUAUAAUGCCAGUGCGAGUACAUAUACGAGUGCGAGUGGUCGACAUUUUUCGCCGUUUUGCCGGAAACGGAUGCUGUUAUUAAUUCACAUGUCCGGCAUGUGAUGUGGGCCAUCAUCAGGUAUUCCCCGACUCGAAGUGCGGAUCCUCUGCUUUCUCUGCUGAUUCCUAAUUAAAUUUGCCACUUUA